GGCCACGCCCCCUCCGGCCUGCCCCCCUCCCCAGGAGACGGUGUUCCGGGAGAUGUGCGAGGGGCUGCUGGAGGAGUCGGACGGGGAGGAGGAGGAGGGGGACGGCCACCCCAGAGCUCCCGACGACGAUGAUGACGGGGUCGAAGCCCGCCGCACCACAGCCACCGCCACUGCGGAGAAGAAGACGGAGCAGCAGCGGCGUCGUGAGAAGGCCGCCCGCAGGAAGCGGGCUCUGCAGGCCGCGCUGCGCGCCGCCCGGCUCCAGCACCAGGAGCUCUUCCGGCUGCGCGGGAUCAAGGCGCAGGUAGCGCUGCGGCUGGCGGAGCUGGCCCGGAGGCGCGAGCGGCGCCGGCUACAGCGGCUGGCGGAGGCGGACAAGCCCCGCCGGCUGGGGCGGCUCAAGUACCAGGACCCUGACAUCGAUGUGCAGCUUAGCUCCGAGUUGUCCGGAUCGCUCAGGACGCUGAAGCCCGAGGGCAACAUCCUGCGAGAUCGGUUCAAGAGCUUCCAGAGGAGGAACAUGAUCGAGCCUCGAGAGCGAGCCAAGUUCAAGCGCAAGUAUAAAGUGAAGCUGGUGGAGAAACGGGCCUUCCGGGAGAUCCAGUUGUAGCAGCUGGGAUGCUGCAUCCGGGACCCUUGUGUUUGAAGGAUGCUGGAGCCCUGCCGUGGACCAGUGAGGGGUGCUGGCCCCGCCCCUCAGUAAAGCUCUGUGACCAGC